UAUUGAUGCGGUUAGUAUUGACUCGGAAUCUGAGCUCAUAACUCCUUCUGCAGGAGAGGGCUACAAUUAUAAGCCGAAGAAACGCAAUGAAAAUAUUGGAGGGCCACAUUCUGGAAGCGCGCGUCUCCUGUGUGGCAGAUUAAUCGCGCUACUUUCCGUUUCAUGCGCGGUCCUGGUGCUCCUGCUUACCGCGUUGGCCCCUGAGCAUCUUCGCGGGCUCCCUCAUAUUCAUACAAUGCGUUUUCAUUUUAUGAAAGGAAAAUUAUAUCGUGCACCAGUACUGAUACUCAAGAUGAAACUAGCAGCAAGUCUUCUUGGAGCUACUGCCUCAGCAAGUCUUCUUGAGUAUGAGCAUUACGCUUUUUCCUUUUAUACAUUUUGAGAAGCAUGCAGAUACUAUUCGACGUGAGGGCUUUGCUGUGUUUCUGCAGACUUUCACGUUAAGGCCUGAGGCGUUUCGUUUUUGCAUGCUUAUCUCCCUUAGCGUUGCUCCCUAAAAAUGGAAUGCCUCAGCCUUUAACGAAUGCAGCGCAAUCGGCGAUGUUACUGGGAAAGGAAGAGCGCCUAAACGAGUAUAAGAUCAAGAGUCUGAUAAAAGAACUGAAAGGGAGGGCUGACAAAUAUAUCCAGCAGUAUCCGGACAAGACAAAUUACGCGACGGUGUAUGUGCCCAACGCGGAUGGUGUACAAGAGCCGGCGACAGUGAGGGAAUACAGGAAAUGCUUACAAGGUUUUUUUGGUGAGGAAACAAAAGUCGGCUUCUCAGCCGCAGGCGAAUACUCCCUACAGCAUUGUUAAGGGGACCGUUGGAGCAUCCUCACCGCCAUCCGUGGCCCGUUUGCUACUUGAAAAAGAAGCGCCUCUCAGGGACGAUGCCUCUCAGGGAAGAUGCAGACGUGGCAGCUCUAACAUUUCUUGCAAGCAGGCGUGAACGAUGAGACCUGCGACCAAGGUUGGGAAUUUGCUUCGUUGAUUGAAAACGUGGAAAUGACUUGUGGCGAGAAGACGGAGGGAAGAUCCUCUGGUGGGGCUUCGCUUUACGCGACUCAGCGAGAUAAGGGAAAAUUGUUAAGCAAUGCGGAGCAGUGGGCGUCUAUGUUUUUUUUCAGAGUGACCUUUGGGCCGGUGUGCUGGACCUUGGGGACGGAUACAUCCUGGAUCACCA